CUUGGGGAAGCCGGUGUGAGGGAUCACGGUGACCAGGGCCCCGCAUGCGGCGGCAUUUAUGUCGCCGGGGCUCGUCUGCCGCCUCUUUUUCUCGUGAAACCCGGAGCUGGCAUCGGGAUCGCCAGUUUACUCAUAGCUAUCUGUGGUGACCUUGGGUCUCCUUCAGGACAUCUGGCGGAAAGCACGAAAGCAGGGGAGAACCUGGAGUCACAGCUUUUAGGUACGGCUGCAUUGCAGGAAUGGCAGAGUUUGGGAUCUCCCCUGGCCAGCUUGUGGUGGUAUUCUUUGACAAGUCAUCUCCUGAGGAGGCCCUAAAAAAACUGGUAGAUAAUCUUCAAGGGCUAACUGGCAGUGAGGGCCAAGUGUUCACGGAGAACCUCAGCCAGCUGCUGCAGUCUGCCCAUAAAGAAUCCAGCUUUGACGUUAUUCUGUCGGGCGUAGUCCCAGGAAGCACCUCUCUGCACAGUGCUGAGGUUCUGGCUGAGAUGGCCCGAAUCCUUCGGCCAGGGGGAUGCCUUUUUCUGAAAGAGCCAGUGGAGACAACUGUAGUUAACAAUGACAAAAUGAAGACGGCCUCUAAGCUGUGUUCUGCCCUGACUCUCUCUGGCCUCGUGGAAGUAAAAGAGUUGCAACGGGAGUCCUUAAGCUCGGAGGAGGUGCAGUCUGUCCAGGAACACCUAGGCUACCACAGUGACAGCCUGCUCUCAGUUCAUAUCACUGGCAAGAAGCCAAACUUUGAAGUGGGCUCUUCCAGCCAGCUUAAGCUUUUAACUAACAAGAAGACUUCUUCAGUGAAGCCUGUUGUGGAUCCUGCUGCUGCCAAGCUCUGGACUCUCUCAGCCAAUGACAUGGAGGAUGACAUGGAUCUCAUUGACUCAGAUGAACUGCUAGAUCCAGAAGAUUUGAAGAAGCCCGACCCAGCCUCCCUGAAGGCCCCUUCAUGUGGGGAAGGGAAAAGGAGGAAGGCCUGUAAGAACUGCACCUGUGGCCUUGCAGAAGAACUGGAAAGAGAGAAGUCAAAGGAGCAGGGCACUCAGCCCAAGUCAGCCUGUGGAAAUUGCUACCUGGGGGACGCUUUCCGAUGCGCCAACUGUCCCUAUCUUGGGAUGCCAGCCUUCAAGCCUGGAGAACAGGUGCUCCUGAAAAACAGCAAUCUCCAGGAUGCCUAGGAGGAACCUCAGGCACACACACCUCCUCCUCCAGCAAACUCCUGACCCUCAGCCCCACCACUGCCUCCUCCCACUCUGAGAACACCCGCAGGGAGAGGCUUGUAGCAGAGUGAAAUCGCGGUGGUGCGGUGCUGUGUGGUGCUGCUAUGUCUUGAAAGACCAAGGUAUGAGGGACCUGCCUCUUGAUAGUGUUAGGAGAAGGUGCACCCUAAGGAAGUCCGCUCCUGGUGGGACCGUGCUGACCUCUCCACCCUUGAGGCUAGACCCUUGAGUAUUUAUGCUGUAGAAGCUCCAGGCUCCUCUCGGUGAUGCUGCCACCUACUGAUCUUCAGUGUGCAAUUCUUGGAGCCGUGGGUCAGCUGUCAUAGGACCUUAGGGGCACCAAAGAAGUCACUCCCCAGUUGCUGUGAUCCAUCUGUGUCCCUCAGCCCUUCCCACCUCACCCCAUUUUGCUGUAGUGUUGUAUCUAUGUCCUGAUGUCAUCUCUGUUAAGCAAUGAUAGUAAACUUCUAUGUUUCUAUGUG